AUGGUAAAAUUUUACAGUACAUGCAUCGAGAAGCAAUGGAAAUGCGAUAAUGCACCGUGUUUAAUUCAAGAAGAUUUACUGAUGAAAAUUCAAAGUGGAAGAUACACAUGGACAGGAAGAAAUUAUUCGCAAUUUUGGGGACGUACGUUGAAGGAUGGAAUACGUCACCGUCUCGGUACACUUUUUCCGGAACGAAGUGUCCAGAAUAUGAAUGAAAUGAUUGUUAAACCACGAGAAUUACCAACAAGCUUUGAUGCACGGCAGAAAUGGCCUGAUUUCAUACAUCCAAUUCAGGAUCAGGGAGAUUGUGCCAGUUCAUGGGCGCAAUCAACAGCAGCCACAUCAGCUGAUCGUUUAGCGCUGAUAACAGAGGGUCGACAAAAUGUCGCACUUUCGGCACAACAAUUUCUGUCAUGUAAUCAACAUCGACAAAAAGGUUGCGAAGGUGGUUACCUUGACCGAGCCUGGUGGUAUAUUCGAAAGUUUGGAGUAGUAAGUGAAGAAUGUUAUCCAUACAUAAGUGGGACCACAAGAAAGCCUGAAAUAUGCUAUAUGCAGAAGUCCAAACAUGCUAAUGGACGACAAUGUCCAAGUGGACAUCCUAAUUCACGAGUAUACCGUACCACACCAUCUUACAGGGUUUCAAGUAGAGAGCAAGAUAUCAUGUCAGAAAUAUUAACAAAUGGCCCAGUUCAAGCAACUUUCCGUGUUCACGGUGACUUCUUCAUUGCCGGAGUUUACAAACAUUUACCAACAGUUGGAGAAGAGAUUGAAGGUUAUCAUUCAGUACGACUUCUUGGAUGGGGUGAAGAUUACUCAACUGGAAUACCAGUAAAAUAUUGGAUAGCUGCUAAUUCUUGGGGUACGAAUUGGGGUGAAAAUGGUACAUUUCGUAUCCUACGUGGAGAAAAUCAUUGUGAAAUUGAAUCAUUUGUAAUUGGUGCAUGGGGUAAAGGAUUUAAAAAGCGCCGACGUUUGCUCAAAUUGCGGAAAAUACGACGACAAUUCAGGAUGUUAUAA